GCCGUUCGCGCGCGGCAGUUGGUGGCCUUGUUCUGCCAAGGGUCGGCGUCGCUAUCGUCCCCGAGGCCGCAUCCCUGCGGGUGGUAACCCGCGUGACCCGGCCGCGUUUGCACGUUCGCCCCCUUCGCUGGCGCAAUCACCGCGCUGGGCGGCCGCCCGUGAGGUAGCUACCACGGCUUGUGACGACGAAUAAAGCUCCCGGACAGCGGCGCCCUCAGCCAUAGCUGGGCGGGCGGCCGGGGCCGGGAGCGGCGACCCCUGCGCUCAGGUGAAGAGGGUGUGGCCGAGGCAACCUCCGGCCCGGCCCCGCACCAGCCGCCCGGCAGGCGCGACAUGAGCCUGGCCCGGCACCCGCGGGAUGCUCCUUGAGUCGCUGCUUCGGCUGUUACCUCCAGGGGGCGGUAGUGGCCUCACCGAAAAGUAUUUUCCAAAUAAAUCAUUGUUUGUUAUUCUUGCGGCGGCAAGGACGGACACGUUUAGUUAUUAUUUUUAAUUUUCUCAACAAGCAUUUACCCAGCUUUUAUCCGGAGAAACAACUUGAAAGCUUUUUCAAAGAAGCAACUGCCUGGUUAGAAAAUCACGGACAGAGCAGCUUGUGGAAGCCCGCAUUUGCAACGUCCCUGCUCAAAUGUUUUGAAGAUUGUUUGCAUCCUGUAACUACCAGUGUGCCCAGAUCCUACCCAAGGAACGUCUUGGUCCAGCGAUGCAAAGAACUGAAGUUUCGAGGUUUUAUUUCUAUUGCUAGAUGGGCGGGAUGUCUCCCCAUCAACUCCGAACUGCUCCUUAGUCAGCCAAAGUGGAUGCCUUAUGGGGAUAGCAUCCUUAGUGCACGCCCUUCUCUCUCUCCUCUUCCACCCAUGUGCUUUUGUUGAGAAAGAAGCAGCCAAACCUCAUUACUUCUGCAACUCAUGGUUGGAAAAGGAGACUGAGCAAACAUAAAGGAAGAGUGCUAUAUCCUUGAUUUUCUGAGUGGCUAAUUGCCUUAGUUGUAUUCAUGCAGCAUAGUUGAAAGUUCCUGAAGAUAUCCAUGCUCUCUUUGGUGAUGUAAGCACAUGGGUGCUGCAGUGUAUGUCUCUGGGAUGAUCUUAAUUCACUCAGCUCUCCUACUCAGAAAUGCUGUCCUCCUCUCCCCUGGCUAGACAUAGUCCUUCCUUCAUAAGGGUGGGGUUUACUUCUUUUGUCCUCCUUUACUUUCAGGGGUUUUCUCUCUGAACCCAUGAAAACUGUAAAUUUGCAGUCUGCUGACAUUGGUUGGGGGAGGAGUGGCAGGGUAUCUUCUCUACUCUGGGGUAUUUUCUUCUUGGCUCAGAUCUAGACAAAGGUUGGAGACAUGCUAAACCUCAGUGGCUAUCUGAGCCUGGGGAGAAGACUGGAGCUAAGUGGGCUGAUUUGUCCUUGUUAUCCCUUGUCCUUUUCCUAGGAAAGAGCUAGUACCUUACCUAGCUUUUACUGGGUAAAAUUAAGACAAAGGUAGCUUUUCUUUCUGAGUGCUAUCAUGCAUUUAGUAGGUGCAGAGAAUUAAAGAACCACUCAGGCAGUUCAAGCAGUGGUCUCGAGUUCUUAACACUGUGGUGGGAUAGCAGAAUAACAUGGUAAUUCAUGUUGGCCUCUGGAGCAAGACUACUUGGGGCCAAAUCCCACCUAUAUCACUUAACUAACUCUGCCUUUGGGUAAGCCACUUAACAGAUCAGUGCCUCAAUUUCCUCAUCUUGAAAGUGGAGAUAACAUUAGUACCUACUUUAUGGGGUUUUUGUGAGUUAACACAUGUCCAGUGCCGAGAACAGUUCUUGGCGUGAUAUAAUAAUUAUUGGCUAUUAAUACCCUUGAUUCCGGGUAUAUUUUUUUUAUUCCAUCACAUGGGUUGGUAGGUUAAGUGCAUGGUUGCCUUGACUCUGUAGAACUUGAUAACCAAAUAUGGAAUUAAAUUGCUGACUAAGCCCUGUUUAUACUUAUAGCUGGAAGAACCUGUAUUGUCAUAGUAACAGUAUAGAAGAAUUCAAGAUAGGAGAGAGAGGCAGCAGCGAAUGAAGACUGUAAAAGAAAAGAAGAAGGAACGCCAAAGAUUGAGGUAGAGUAGGUGAUGUAAAGGAGUUGGAGAGAAAUUUUCCAAUGGCCUCUGGUAUAUGCUGUACUUUUUGCCCACUUUGGAGGCUGAGGUUGGGCACACAGUUGGCCCCCUUCUGGAAGCUGCCCAGUAAUCUGUCUUCCCAGGGCUGUCCCAGUUUACAUAUUUACAUAUUCUGGAUACAAAUAUUCUGGCUCUGGAGCCCUCCUGCCCAGGUUCUCAUCCUGCGUAUGUUCACACUCUUGCUAACUAUGUGACCUGGGACAAGUUACUUCAUUUAUUUAUGCCUCAGCUUCCUCAUCUGGAAAAAUGUGCAUAAUAAUAGCACCACUUUUUAAAAGGUUAUGUAGAUUCAUUGAGUUAAAACAGGCAAAGUACUGAGAAUAGUGCCUAGCAAAGUGGAAAGGCUCAUAGUUAACUGUUAGCAUUUUUGGUAUGCUUUGUGAAGGAAGCUGAGAGUCAGAGUACAUGGCAAAAGAAACAGAAAAAAAGUAAAAGGGGGGUUGCUCUUGCAUUCAGUCAUCGAUGAAACUGAGCACCUCCAGAUCUUGGGGUCAGAAAGAUGGUUACGAUCUGGGCCACACCCUCAAAUAACUCAGUGGGUAUGUUUUGUGCUUUCAAAAAUAUGGAUUAUGAAAAAAGAAACUGUCAUAGCCUUUAGAUAUUUUGAUCCUCCACCAGCCCAUGGAUGGCAUUUUGUGGAAAAUAUUAGCAAGGGAUGUCAGCAGGGUCAUCAGAUUCUACCUUAAACUUCUCCCUUCUGUUGUAUAGAAAAUCUUCCAAGACUAGGAGGGUAACCCAGAAGAAGCCGUCUUCAGGGCCUGUUUGCCGGCUAUGCUUUCAAGAAACUGGGGAUCCCGAAAAAUUGGGGGAAUUUCUUCAGAAAGACAAUCUCAGCGUGCAUUAUUUCUGUCUUAUCCUAUCUAGCAAGCUGCCUCAGAGGGGCCAGUCCAACAGAGGUUUCCAUGGAUUCCUGCCUGAAGACAUCAAAAAGGAGGCAGCCCGGGCUUCUAAGAAGAUCUGCUUUGUGUGCAAGAAAAAAGGAGCUGCUAUCAACUGCCAGAAGGAUCAGUGCUUUAGAAACUUCCAUCUGCCUUGUGGCCAAGAAAGGGGUUGCCUUUCACAAUUUUUUGGAGAGUACAAAUCAUUUUGUGGAAAACAUCGCCCAACACAGGACAUUCCAAGGAGGGAUGUCAGGGAAGAGAGCUGUAUCCUAUGUUGUGAAGACUUAUCCCAAGCAAGUGUUGAAAACAUCCAGAGCCCUUGUUGUAGUCAAACCAUCUACCACCGCAAGUGCAUACAGAAAUAUGCCCACAUAUCAGCAAAACAUUUCUUCAAAUGUCCACAGUGUAACAAUCGAGAAGAAUUUCCUCAAGAAAUGCUAAGAAUGGGAAUUCAUAUUCCAGACAGAGAUGCUGCCUGGGAACUCGAGGCAGGGGCUUUCUCAGAGUUAUAUCAGCGCUAUCAACAUUGUGAUGCCCCCAUCUGUCUGUGUGAACAAGGCAGAGACAGCUUUGAGGAUGAAGGGAGGUGGCGCCUCAUUCUGUGUGCUACAUGCGGAUCCCAUGGAACCCAUAGGGACUGCUCCUUUCUUAGAUCCAACAGUAAGAAAUGGGAGUGUGAGGAGUGUGCGCCUUCUGCUUCAGCCACAGACUACACAUCUGAAAACUCAGGUGCUGUACCCUGCUGCAGCAGCACUUUCUACCCCGAGGAGCAUUUCUGCAGAGACACCAGCCUGGAAGAGAAUCCAGGCCCUUCUUGGAAUGAUUGGCCAGGACCUUCCUUAUUAGAAAAGCCAGAGUCCUCUGGCAGCAGAAGAGGAUAUGACUGGCAGUCCAAGGGUGUCAAAAUCGCUAAACGCUGCAAAACCCCCAAGUAACAGCUUCUCCUGAGCCACUGCUGCCAAGCACACAGGGAUGAAGCGGCGCUCCUCCAUCAGGUUUGGGGAGGGAACACUUUGGCGCUGUGAGACAAGGAAUGGGGGCCUGCAGGGAGACUACAAGCCAAAGGGAGAGAAGUCCAGGGGCAUGUGGGGAGAGGGGAGAGUCCAGAUACCAACACCAGAAGUGUCUGUGGCUUUCUCCCUGAUUCCCAGUGCACCCUUUCUUCUCUUCUUCCACCAAGAUUCUUUCAUCCUAAUCUCGUUUUCAUAUGCCUCUUCUUGCUUCACCCACAGUUGUUAUUAUGCAAAUAAAGGUUUUUCUCUCCAUUGGUUUCUCCUUAUCAGUUCACUCUGGAAUUUGUCUAGCAUACAGGAAUCUGGAGGGCAGAGUGUGGGAUUAGGAAAACCCUUUUAAUCUGUAAAAUUCAGUGAAUUAAAUUUAGAACUUUCAACUUGGAAUUAGGAAGCAUGUUUUUGGAGGGAAAUAGUUUGCAGGGAAAUUGGCUAUACAGAGGCAGAGAUUUGGAUCAUUGUGCAAUAAGCUGAUGGGUUCUCACCAGGAAGGUCCAUGCUGGACUGAGAAUAGGCCAUUGUUGCAAAGCUUGGAGUCCCAGACGCAAAAAGACUUGAGACUGCCGGGCUUGCAUGGGAUACAACAGACUCCACGCCCUCCAGGCUUGUGUGCGCUCCCCCAUGGCACCAGUGAACAGCUCAGACCUGUGCCAAAGCCCGCACUACCCUGUGGUUCGGGGUGUUUCCAUCGAGGGUGAGGGAGCCUGUCCAGGGCAUCCCCAUAAAUUUGCACAUCAGGAUAUUCAUGUUAGGCAAGGCAGCUAGGAGGGGAAGCUGGUAGAAGGCCUAGGGAGAAAUUGAAUAAAGCCUAUCUAACAUUCCUAUGUCUUUAUUGAUUACAUGGAAUUUGGUUAGCGAAGGAACUCAGGGUUAUUGCCAGAUACUGAGUUUCUUGGGUCUCACUGAGUGGCUGUAACUCACAGUGGAGGAGGGCAUUCUCCUACAAAUGUUGCCAACCCCUGGAGACUUAUAGCCAAGGUUUAUACAGUCAUCGCCUUCCGAUUUGAGUUUUGCUUGGAAUCAUUUGGGCGGCCAUUUGUGUCUCUAUUAUCAAAGUAAUGUAGGCAAAAUAAUAUAGAUUUUUAAAGUCUAAUAUUAAGAGGAAUGUAAAAAAGUCUUCACUCACCCUUUCCCAACCUCACUCCUAUUCCCUAAAGGCAACUAAUUUUCAUUUUUUAAAGCUGUUUUAAAAUGUAUAAUUCUUAGAUUAUUAAUUUCCUUUUAUGCUACAUAAGGAUUUGGCACUUUAAAAAUCAUCUCAUUAACGGGUAUGGAAUUCCUGUUUGGGUUAAUGGAAAAGUUUUGCUAAUGGACAGUGGUGAUGGUACAACACUGUGAAUGUAAUUAUCACCACUGAAUUGUAUGCUAGAAAAUGGUUAAAAUGGGAAAUGUGUUGUAUAUA